UAGAGCUGUAGAUUUCCGUCAACUUGCAUUGAGGUUAGCAACUGAGGAAUUGAAUAUGUGUCAAUAUCACCCUGCUCUCGGUGCUUAAGUUGAGCUUAUUUAAGUUAUAAAAUCAAAGUUAGGAUUGCCUACGUUCAUAAAAAAUAUUGAUUGUUCUAUAAAUACAUUUAAUAAUAUGCCUGAGAACUAUGACAAUUUGACUUAUUCAGAGGCAAGAAGCUUACUAAGAACAUGGAGAGAAAAUUCCGAACGAAAAAGCCGGGAAAUAGUAGAUAUUUGGCAUUCUGUACUGAUGGAUAAAAUGGAACAACUUGGAAAUGAAAAGUACUUGAUUUUGGAACAAGUUUGUGUCGCUGCAUUGGAUUGUUAUAGAUUGUCUUUGGCGGAGUAUUGCAGCAAAAUAUUGAUGAAAGAAUUUCCUGGUAGUUUAAGAGUACACAAAUACCAUGCUAUGCAUUUGGAAGCUCUGGAAUUAUACGAUGAAGCAUUAGAAGUAUUGGAAUCAAUUAUCAAAAGAGAUGAAACAAAUGCAGCACCAAGAAAACGUAAAGUCGCUAUUUUCAAAGCUCGUGGUAAAACAUCUGAAGCCAUCAGAGAGCUUACGGAGUACCUCAAAGUGUUUAUGAGUGAUCAAGAAGCUUGGCAUGAGCUUUGUGAUUUAUACUUGAAAGAACAAGAGUAUGGUAAAGCUGCAUUUUGCAUGGAAGAGCUGAUUCUUCACAACCCACAUAAUCACCUUAUUUAUCAGCGGUAUGCUGAGAUAAAAUAUUCACAAGGUGGCUUCGAAAAUAUUGAAAUCGCCAAAGCAUAUUUUAGUCAAGCUGUGAAACUGAACAGUAAUAAUCUACGAGCUCUCUAUGGCUUAUUAUUAUCUUCAAAUUAUCUCGCAACAUCUCCUAAGUGCAGUCUAUCAAAAAAGAAGGAAGCGAUAAAACUAAGUGAGUGGACAGCAAAUCAAAUUGAAAAGCAGUACAAAGCCAAAGUUUCUGAUAGUAUUAGCAUUAAGAGCUUAGAAGGUUUGAUUGGAAAAUUACAACUAGAUGCAUAAAAAAAAGUAAAUUUAGUAAUUGACUGUAAGAAGAAUAACUUUUAUGUGCAAAUAUCGAUUUUUUUUUUUAAUCGAUCACUUUUAAAACGCAAUUAUCGUAAACUAGCACCGAUUUCUAUUAAUGUUUUUCUUUUUUCCACAUUAAUUGAUGUUUAUCUACAUUUUUAAAUUUAUAUCUAUUCGAAAUGAAAAGUCACGAAGUAGAUUUGUUAUUUCCAUGAACGAAAACAACUAGAAAAAUCACUUAAUCAUAUAAUCAAUUAAUUUAUUUAGAAUAGAUUUCAAACGGGUGAAAAAAAAAUUGUUUAAACUUUUUCAUUUUUUACUGAAUCUAUCAAAUAGAUGUUAUGUAAAUCUAAUAAUAUUAAUAAAUUAAUUAGAACGAACAAAUAUUGGUAGUCAUUAACGAUCUAAUUAUAUUUACUCAAUUUAUUACCCUAUUGCGUAAUAUAAAAAGAUUGAAAUAAUCAUGUAAUCAAAGAAGUAUUGAAAAAAUAAAAAAUGUUAAUUAUCAUGAGCAAUAUGAGUUACGGUCGCAUGACCUAAUGAUGCCAUUAAUGCAUAAUUGAAAGGGAGAGAAGGGAGGUUUCCUAAAACUGAUAGCCUACGCCCCCCUCCCCUUCCCAGGUUCUGACGUCACUUCGAUUUUGGAUCCGCCCUACCCUGAUUAAAAAUGCUCAUUGAAAAAUAUUGAAAAAGAUGAGGAUUGAAUACUUUUGAAUAAAUCCUAUUCCACAAGGUUUUCUUCUGGGCAUAAAAUUAAUACUUUUCAAUUAUAUUGAAUCGAAAAAUAAUAUAAGAAUUUCUAAACUUCCAAAGAAUUGAAAAAGAUUCGAAUAAAUUGAUAUUUUUAAUCUUUCUGGAUCCUCGUCAAUAACAAAAAAGUUUCGAAUUUUACGGUUACGAGUAGCAUUGAAAAAAAUUCGAAUAAAUUGACAGUUUUCAAUUUUUCUGAAUCUUCCUCAAUACCAAAAUAGUUCCAUAUUUGGGUUAAGAGUUGGAUUGAAAAAGAUUCAAAUGAAUUGAAAUUUUCAAUCUUUCUGAAUACUUCUCAAUAACAAAAUAAUUUCACAUUUCGGGUCAAGUGUGGGAUUGAAAAAAAUUAAAAUGAAUUGACAGUUUUUAAUCUUUAUGAAUUUCCCUCAAUACCAAAAUAGUUCCAUAUUUCGAUUUAUGACUUGAAUUGAAAUGAAUUAAAAUGAAUUGACAUUUUCCAUCUUUUCUGAAUUCUUCUCAAUAUCAAAAUAGUUCAGUUUUUUGGAUCGAGUGUAGGAUUGAAAAAAAUUGAAAGACAUUGAGAAUUUUCAAUUUUUCUGAAUUUUUCUCAAUACUAAAAUUGUUCCAAAUUUCGAGUUAUGACUUGAAUUGAAAUAAAUUAACAUUUUCGAAUCUUUCUGAAUCUUUUUCUAAAAUGAUGAAAGAUUGAAUUCUUUUCAAUACUUUUGAAUUCCAUUAUAAGAAUUAGAAAGUAUUCAAAUGAUCGAAAUUUCAAUUCCAUUUGAUAUUUUUCAAAAUCUCCGUAUGGAUUGAAAAGAAUUCAAAUAAUUUUCAAUACUUUUCAAUGAGUAUUUUCAAUCAAAGUAACACGGACGUGCCAUUAAUUUGAUUACAACCAACCCGUGUAAAAAAAAUUUGUUCCAAAAAGAUUCCAAAAAAGUUCCGCAUGUGGAACAUCCAAAAAUGAGACAGAUUAGAACUUCGAAUGGAACUUUUUUGGAAUGUUAGUAAUUUUUAUGGUAAAAAAAAAGUUUUUAUGAGCAAAUUUAGAGUCAAAAAUGGACGUUCUUGGAACUUUUUUGAAAUUUUUUAUGAACGUUUUUUUUGUUUUAUAAAAAAUUUAAAAGUAGUGAUUUUUGAACUAUUUUGGCAUGUUCCUGGAACGGCUUUAGUCUACAAAAGAUGCAAACGUAGUGAUUUUAGAAUGUUUGGAAUACCUUUUUUAGUCCAUAAAGAAGUCGGAAGUGGUGGUUCUGGAACUUUUUUGGAAUGCUUAUAUAAAAUCCCAAAAUAGUUCCAAAAUCUUAUUUUUUUGACGCUAAAUUUGCUCAUUAUAAAUUUUUUUACCAUCAAAAUUACUAAUGUUCCAAAAAUGUUCCAUUCGAAGUUCUAAUCUGUCUCAUGUUUAGAAGUUCCACAUGCAGAACUUUUUUGGAAUCUUUUUGGAACGAUUUUUUUUUACACGGGAACAAGGGACUACUUGCUACUUUAAUUUCGCACCUCAUAACGCGAAGCGUCAGGCGUGCUCUAUAUUGCUACAAAAUUUUCGUUUAAUUUACCCGAUUUGAAUCUCUAAUACACUCCCAGAAAAUUCAUAAAACUAUAAUUCCGAUAGAAUUUCCAUGGUAUAAAUAAGUAAGCAGCUCUGUAAUAAUUAUUUUAUUAAAAAGUAAAUAUAAAGAAGACAUACAGGAAUAAAUAUAAUUUUUAAAUUGUUAUUUUCAUUUUUAUGAUUUUUAAAGUGUAAUUUUUUAAACUAAAUUUAAUACAACAGGAUUUUGUAAGAGUUAUGAUGUUACAUCAUAAAAAAAUUAUUUAACAGUAAAAAUUACAAUGAUAUUUUCUCCGCGAAGCAUCUACUUUUCUUGGUACAGGCUACUCAGUAAAAAAUAUUGUGUUAAAAGCAAUACAAACUGUGUGUUAAAAACGGUUCACACAAUAUUUGUGUUAUUUUUUAACACAGACUAUUUGCGUUGAAUUUCAACACAUUUGUGUUAAAAUCUCAAGACAAAAUUCGAGUAAUACGAGAAGUGAAUUCAACACUUUUUAAAUGUCAGUAGCGAAAGAAAAAAAAAUGUUAACUUUUACAUUUCAUUUUCGGCUUGUUGUGUUAAAUUCAGACACACAAUAUUUGUGUUAUAUUUAAACAAAAACUAUGUGUCUUAAAUUUGAACACACAAUGUUUGUGUUAUUAUUUAA